AUGUCAUCUUUGCACUCACACUCGUGCGAGUGCAUGAAAUCGGAAUUAGAUCUCUUUUCACUACCUCCAUCACAAAGGUCCAUAGAGGGUUCUCAAUGGGUGCACUACAAACCAGUUUCAUCUCCCACAGAUGACUCUCCCAUGGAAUUUGUAAUUCCAGAUCAGGGGAAUGAGUACAUUGAUCUUGCACAUACACUUCUAAGUGUAAGAUUCAAAUUAAUCACUCCUAAAAAAACCGCAGAAAAUACUUCGAGUGCAGAAUCCGUUGGUCCUGUCAGCAAUUUACUGCAUCACAUGUUUAACUACUUGGAUGUAUACUUUAAUCAGAAGCCUGUCUCGCCACCAAAUAAUGCAUAUGCAUACAGAGCGUAUAUUGAAUCUCUGCUUAACUAUGGGCCAGCAGCGAAAAAAAGUCAUUUCACAUCAGCAUUAUGGCUUGGCAACAUAGCAGGUAAAAUGGAGAACAUCACAACGCAGAACCAGGGUCUCGUCGAUCGACGACUUAUAUUGGGUGAAGGGGGAAAAAAUGCUCUGAUUGGUCAUUUGCACAGUGAAGUUUUUAAUCAGGAUAGAUUUCUCUUGAAUGGUGUUGAACUUAGAGUUCGACUGGUGCGUUCUAAGGAUGCUUUUUGUCCUAUGGAUCCUACUAAUCGGGCUUAUCUUCAUAUUCUGCUUGCACAUGCAAAAGCUCUUUCUCCAGUUACGGCCAAGUACCCACUUACCAAAGUAGAGGUUUAA